AUGACGGCAGAGCGACAAGUCACUUCAGAGUUCAUAUUCUCACUUAUUGUAAAGGGGAUGCUGCAAGAUUGUACGUUUGAUUUCCCCUGCUUUGAAGGAACAAAGAGUGACGUCUGCCAUCAUGCUGUUGGUCGCCCCAAAAAUCUGGUAGUGAAACGAGGAAACAACAGUGAGUGCGGUAAACAGGACAGUGCCUUUAUACAGUGGAGCCCUAGUGAGCAUGGAAUCACAUUUUUACUUGGAUUUAUCAUUGACCUUAAAGGAGUCACUGGACCAACCUUCAGUGGAUGUCGGCAAUUGACUCUAACAAACAGUAUAAUUAGUGAAAUGGUUUUUGAGAUUUCCUUUUGUCUGCCAACAGACACAACAUAUAUUAUAACUGUCUAUGGCUAUCCAGUGCCACCAGGAAGAGAAAACGACCCAGACAUGUGGGUGUCUGUCCAGUAUACUGCUAGAACUUGCACAGAAUUGAAUGGACCAGAAUACUGCAACGACUGCAGAAAUUGGGAAGGAAGUGCAAGAGAAACUUGUCGAAAGAAAUGGAUGCCUGCUAACAUAACAUUUUACCAAGAGGGUCAUCUUUUGAAAAUCAUCUUUGAUCAAGCACCCACUUACUAUGACAUCUCAUACUAUUAUGUCUACUAUAAACGGACAAAUUCUCAAGGAAAAUGGAAUAAUACAACCAAGCACCAUAUCCACCAUGCUGAAGACAAACACAUGGAAAUCAUACUCUCUGACCUCACCCCUGGCUUCGACUACUCAUUUAUAAUUUCUUCGAAUGUUCGUGGUGCCAAAGGAAAGCAUGUGACAUAUUAUUUCAUAGAAGUGGUGGUAGAAAAUACAUUUACUCCUUUUGUGUUGUCAGCAGUCCUAGUGGGCCUUAUCUGCAUUUUGGCCAUCAUUAUUACUGCUACCAGGAAAUGCAAGAAGAGGAAGAAGGCAGUGUCUACCUGCCCACUGGAGACGUUAUCGGAGUUUGCUGUAGCAUGGACGCCACAGGAGGCCAAGGUCCCCAAAGUGUUCAUCUGUUAUUCCAGCCUGGAAGGAGAGAAACACACCCAAGUGAUACUUAGCUUUGCAGCAUAUCUGCAGGAAUACUGCAGCUGUCAGGUGGUGCUGGACCUCUGGGAAAGUAUCGGAAUUGCUCAAUAUGGAUACAUGAACUGGCUUAACUAUCAGCUGCAGUGUGCAGAUUUUAUCUUGGUCAUUUGUUCACAGGGCCUGAAGUUCCUCAUGGAGACAAAGCAUCAGAAGGCCAAUUGGAACUUCUUAAGCCUAAGUGAUAUGAUAAAUGAUGCAGUCUCCUGUGUUGCAGCUGUGUCACUGAUUGCUGAAAAGUUAUACCAAGCAAAAAUCAGGCAAGGAAGCAUCUCAAGAUUCUUAGUUGCUUAUUUUGAGUACUCCAGUGAAAAGGAUAUACCAGGGAUACUUGAACUUGCGAGCAAAUAUAAACUAAUGGAUGAUCUUCCAGAGCUUUUUUCUCAUCUUCAUUCCAUCGCAUUGUGUAGGCCAGGCUACCAACUCCAGGUCCAAGGUCUUGCCAAACACGGUUAUCUGAAUACCACAUCUGGACAAACACUGUCCCUUGCCAUACAGGACAUGAAUAAAUAUAUUCAGAUGGACCCUUCGUGGUUUCAUAGUCUGUGGACUAAUGGGCAAGAAGCAGAUAAACAAAUAAGCAAUGCACUGGCAGAAAGCAAAGUUCCUCAAAAUGUUUGUUGUAUAAAUUCAGACUGUUAGUUGAAGGAGAUAACAAUGCAGAGGGCUAAACAUAUGUAUUUUGCACUUAUAUACAUGGACUAUAAAGUAUUAUUGACAAUGAUGAAGUUUAUAUCACAUGGCAUCAUGUUGGCAUAGUGGUUAAGGUGCUGACCUUACAGGCACAAAGUACAGGAUUUGAUUCUCACAUGGGGUAAUUAGCCAGGCUUAAAUGGUCCACAAGAGCAGUUAGCCUAGUAUUAACCUGUGCACCUAUUACCACCAGUCCAGAAAACCAGACAUAAUAUUCAAGCAAAAAUGACAAACGUAAUAUACAUUGCUGAAAUAGCUAUACCCAGUGAUUAACAUGUCUUAUGUACUAAGAAAUACAAGAGUCAUAAAAUACAAGGAUUAGGGAGCAGAAAUAAGAAUAAUAGAAGAAAGAUACCCAGACACCUCCAGUAGUGGUAGCAGCAACAGCAUUAGUUACAAAAAAAAUUCAGUCGUACUUAAAUAUUCUGUCAAUACAUGCAACCCCACAAGAAUUGCAGAAGGAUGUAAUUCUGGGCACAUAGCAGAUGCGGAGAAUAAAACUCUUGGCUAAUAUCACAGGCUGAAGCAAUACUAAUUUUUGUGAACUUUAAUUGUACACUGACUUAGGAAUUGGGUCCAUUUCUGUCAUGGUAUUAGAAACCCAAAACACUUUAAGAAAUUAAAUUGAUAGAAUCUGUCAUUUGUGGUGUGGGGCUCAUCUGUGUCAUUACUUGCUGUUUUGAGUGUGAGUUAUACAUAGCUGCUAGAGAUGUUGAGGCUAUAUUAUAAUAUUAUUUAUGAAAAAUCUCCUUUUCAUGUUCAUUAACAGUUUUAUUUAGUUUAGGCAUGGGUCAGUAACAGAUUGUCAUUCCAUAUAUUUUCACAAAACUAAAAUAUGACACUAGUAGCCUGAACAUUUCCAGUCUCAUUUGACUUAGCCAAGGCUUUUGACACAGUCCUCUACUUAGGCAUCAUUGAUAAACUCAGCCAGUUGGAU